AUGCGUCUCAGCCUUCUCCCCUUGGUCGCCCUCGUUGGCUCUGCCUUCGCAACUGGAGAUACCAUCUCUACAGCCAUUGACAACAUCUCCAAUGCCACUAUUGCUCUGGGCCACAGCAUUACACACUGGCCUCAGACUCUGGUCGGAACAAUCCCCAUCACCACAAAGUCAACGCUGCUUCUGGCUGCGAUCCACCAGGGCACUCUCGCUGCUCGUCACUCUGAGCCUCUAUCUGUCGAAGAGACUCUUCAAGUCGCCAAGGCCACUUCCGAGUUGAGCCAGGAUGUCAGCGAAACAAUCGACAUCGUCAUUGCCGCCAAGCCCAAAUUCGACAAAAUCCAAGUCAGCCCUGUCAUUCUCCUCAACCUUCAACUACAGCGGGCCCUAAGUGCCGAUUUCUCCGAAGCGGUCAUCGCCAAGGUCCCUGUCGACUUACAAGACAAGGCAAAGGCGCUAGUACAAGGAAUCGACGACAGUUUUGCAAAGGCUAUCAAAAAGUAUAGCAGUCUACGGGGUUAG